AUGGAUUCCAGGGUCUUCAUCCUUCUAGCCACACUCCUGGCCUUCCAGGCUGCAUGGGCCAAGCUUGAUGUCCUUGUGGAACAUCCCACUUUAUCAGCCAAACCUGGAGACAAAGUCCAACUGAAAUGUGUUCUGCAGAACUUCGCACAGCCUCUGGUUCUGAAGAAUUUCAUGGUGCAGUGGUUCACCCGUGGGAAGCAAGUGGCCGAGUUUGACGAUACAAUCACCAUCAAUAAACCGGGAUUCUCAAUGUCCCUGGAUGCCAUAGGGAAAGGAGAUGCCACCUUGACCAUUGAGUCCUUCACCCCAGACGAUGCUGGCAACUAUCGCUGUCAUGUCUACUAUAACUCAGACACUAACUUGAAACAAAUUGUCCUGUCAGAUUCCACCAAGCCAAAGGAGGAGGAGGACAAUACGCUGAGCACGCUGACCACUUGUGAAUCCAUCCUUGACAAAAAGUUGGACAUCAUCAUUAAGUGGUCUGAGAAGGUCGACGCCAAGUUGGAUGAGCUGAAGAAGUGCCCAAAAUAA